AUGGCGAUAGCAUCGCACACCGACGACGGGUGUGAAGCCAAACGGCGGCCUCAAACGAUCGCUGGAAUGCACGAGAGCCGAACGCUCGGGUCCAUCAACUCAAGGCUUGAGCUACUGGAAGGAUACUGGCGAGACCUUCAUCACAAUCAUGGCCAGCUCCUCACCCUUGGCGAUGAGUCGGCCGUUGAUUAUCGGUCGAGCGACACCUUCGUACUGGCGGAGGAGCUUUACGUGGAGAGCCGCGGCAUGUUGCUGGAUCAUCGAGUCCGCUGUGCGGUUUCAGAGGACCGUGCGUCAACCUCCAACGUAUCUUUAACUGCGGCAGACCACGGCACUGACUUUCCCCUCUCGAAGUUACCUCGCUUGGAGCUGCCUACUUUCAGCGGAAAGCCUGAGGACUGGGAGGCCUUUCGGGAUCUUUUCGUGGACCUUGUUCAUGACAACGCUACGCUAGGGGAUGCGACGAAGAUCAACUACCUCAAAACGAACGUCAAGGGGCCAGCGGAGGAGGCGCUGCGAAGCUUCCGCUCCAUCGCGAGCAAUUAUAAACAGGCGUGGGAUGCACUCUGCAGACGUUACGACCAGUCGAAGCUACGAGUAAGAGACCACCUUGCCGCUCUUGUGAAUCUGAGGCCUCUCAUGAAGGAAACACCAGAAGGCCUACAGUCGCUCAUGGAUGAGCUGAACAGGUGCCGCACCCAACUCGAACGACUGAACCAACCCAUCCAAACGUGGGACGCCUGGUUUGUUUUCAUGGGUAUGCGUGCCCUGGAUUCGGUCAUAAAGAGAGCUUGGGAGGAAGAGCCUGAGCCCAGCAUGUCAUCCGAUGCUUCAUCGAUGACCAGCGAAGCUUCCUUCAGCCAAUUCACCGAGUUUUUGCAGCGGCGAUACUGCACGUUACGCGCUCUCGGUCAGGUGGCUAAUCCUCCUCCAACGACUACUUAA